AUGAGGGCGAGGCUGGAGGCGUGUCAAAGGCUUGCAGAGGUGAGACAGGUGGAUGUCACAGAUACAAUCUGUCUUACACACAUCUCUGCAUACAGAUUGCAUCGCCCGCCUCUUUACCCCCAAGUUGAUGAUCAGAUGGAUGAGAUGGGUUACCACAGACACAUCCACAUCCACACCCCAUUCACCCCUCCCCCAAACUCACAGCAGAGCGCCUCUAAUACCACGACAGUGUACACCAGCAGAGGAGGCGGCCCUGGUUCAGGUCUCAAAUCUACAGAUGGCAAAAAGGGUGUUGUGAGCAGCGACGAGGCGCUGGGGCGUUCUCCCGGCACGACGACAUGCACGUCCUGCCAGCAGCAAGUCAUGACCAUCGUCACCUACAAAGUAGGGAGGUUCGCUAAGCUGAUAUGCUUACUCCUCGUCAUCCUGGGGCUGCUGAUGUGCCUGGCUCCCAUGGUCCUGCUUCCGAUUCCUUUCUGCGUGAAAAAAUGCAAGGAUGUACACCACACGUGCCCCCACUGCGACACAAUCCUGCACGUUGACAAGAAACAAUGCUGUAAAUGACGAAGACGAGGGCAGACAUGUACCUAUAGAUACGCUAUAAGAGUUGCACCAUUUUCAUCAAUCUGAUGGAGAAAGGUUGAAGUUCAAAUGUAGCUUAUUCUAUGGAUGAGCCAUUGCAUUGGUCAAAGCAAUAUUAAAUAUAUUAGCAAACAGACUGGGAGUCAAUAUAGCUUAAAUAUCAUGUGCUCACCUUUUUAAAGCUCUGGCAAGUUAAAUCCAGCACAUCCCAUGCAUUUUAUUUUUCUAAUAUCCUUCUCAGAAACUUCUGCAUUCAUUAUGUUAUUAAAAUGAAAGCUUGUAAAUAAACUUUAUCAAAUAAUUUCUGUUUCAAAGAAUUGCUCAGAUGAAAUUUAAACAUACCAGCUGUCCAUUUGAAGGGAUCGUCACAGCUUUUGAAUAAAUAACAGCACCAUAAAACAAGCCUACACAUUAAACCAGAGCAUGACAGCAAAAAUUGCUCAUCUGCAGUUAUUGCACAAUACAUUUGUGUUGGCAUUGUUGUUGGUUAAUUAGACAUUAAAACGCUCCAGAAUAAAAGACCAAUGUGUAUUAUAUUUCUAUGAUGUCAGCCACAAAACUACUCGUUAACUCUUCUGUGAAGGGAUGAGCGAGCAUUAAGUUCGAAGAAAAGCUUGUAUAUAAAGUACAACAGCAAAGAUUUGCCGUACUACAUUAUGAUGUGUUGGUGGAGCCACUGAUAAAGAUACUUCAAAUAAAAUGGGUCAAAUUGUUUGAAUAUUUUAAAUCCUUCUUUGGCUGUUUCCGUGUAAUCUAUAGGUAUUUUACUGAGAAAUAUAUUUUAUUUUGUUUUACUCACUUGUUGCUUCCUGACACAAUAACAAUGUAUUUACAGUGUGUCCCCUGGAUGAAACCGGAUAUGCUUGGACUUCUGUUAUUUACUGUUAUUAACUAUUUUAUAACAUUUUUUCUUUAAUAAAAGUAGAC